AUGGACAAAUUUUUCUUGAAAAACUCACAGGAUGGACAAGACAGCAGCAUUGAGGCAAUUGAGGAGGACAACCAGCUAGCAAAAAGGCAGCGAGUCGGAAGAUCAUCGGUGUGGGGCCAUUUCGAAAAAAUAAACAACGGUAUGUCGGCAAAGUGUCGCUCUUGCGGCAAAAUGUAUAAGACGAGCGGAAAUACCUCAAAUUUAUUUGACCACCUGAAGCGUGCGCAUCCCGGUCAGCGUGUUAACGAUUUGCCAAUCACUUCUGUUGAGGAUCCUGAGUUUCGCGACUUUAUCAAACUAUUCGACCCACGCUACAAACUACCGUCGCGGACUACCCCCUCUAAUGUCAUGAUGACAAAUUUAUUUGAUGAGCAGAAACCUAAAUUAAAAAAUUUGCUCAGCAAAAUAAAUCACUGGGCCAUCACAACUGAUAUGUGGACGUCCCUGGCAAAUGAAUCUUAUAUGACAGUCACAUGCUCGUUUAUUACAGAUAGUUACUGUCUAAUUGAUGAAACAAAUCAUACUGCUAAGAAUAUAGCAGAUACCCUGCAGGCUGUUUGCAACGAAUGGGGAAUUUUUGAUAAAAUAACUGCAAUUGUGACCGAUAAUGCAAGCUCAAUGAUCAAAGCGUGUGAGCUGCUUAAAAAAAGGAAUUUACCCUGCUAUGCACACUCACUUAAUUUGGUGGUGCAAGAUUGCCUUAAGCUGGAUUGCACAAAAGAAUUACUUAAAAAAUGCAAGUCCAUUGUCGCGUUUUUUAAAAGUAGCACGAUUGCUUACAAGAAAUUUAAAGAUUCUCAAUUGACGGAAACUAAAUAUAGUCUAAUACAGGAAGUUGCCACCAGAUGGAACAGUGCAUUCCUAAUGAUUGAAAGAGUCUUAAAAACACAUGAAGCAAUCAAUAUAACACUUCUACGUUUUUUGAAAGCGCCACAGCCUCUCACAGCUGACGAAAUCAACAUAUUAAAAGACUUGUCACAAAUACUUUCUCCCUUUGACAUUGCUUCCAAAGAAGUGUCAUCGAAUUCUAAAGUCACAGUAUCACUAGCUAUUCCAGUUACUUGUGGCCUCUUAAACAACUUGAAAAAUAGCACAAAAAAUCUUCUUACCGAAGUUGGCUUUAAAGUAAACGAAUUUUUAAUUGAUUGCGUAAUCAAAAGGUUGUACAAGUACGAAGAUCGCACAGUAACUAGCAUUUCUACAUUGUUUGAUCCAAGGUUUAAAAAACAAGGUUUCCGUUCGCAAUACAAUGCCAAAAAUGCUGAACAACUUUUAAUUGAAGAACUUAUUCAUCUGAGCAAGUCUUCAGCUCCCACCUCAGAGCCACCAACACCAAUUGAUCAACCAAAACCAACACUACAUCCUCUUUAUGAAUUUGUAAAAAUCAACAUAGAAAAUUUGCCUAGGACCAAGCGCUCCUUGGCAGAAGACUGA